GGUCGAGGAACGCCCACAUGCUCCGUGAUUGACAAUAGGGCUGAAGAGCUAAAAUGGCGGCCGCCUCUGUAAGGGUCAUUGGGAGCAGCCUGGGUCGGAACCUGAAGGAAGUGCGGCUCCACCUUUGCCAGCGCUCGCCGGGCAGCCAAGGGGUCAGAGACUUCAUUGAGCAGCACUAUGUCAGUUUAAAGAAGACAAAUCCUGACUUCCCUCUCCUGAUCAGAGAAUGCUCAGAUGUGCAACCCAAACUGUGGGCUAGAUAUGCAUUUGGCAGAGAGAAGAGCAUGCCACUGAAUAACCUAAAUGUGGAUCAAGUUGCCAAAGCUCUGGAAAAUGUUGUGAAUAGUAAGGCAUAAAGAUAAUAUGUAACACCUGCAAUUGAAUCUAAAUAAAGAUGUAGAUAUGUAUAAUUUCUUUGUGUAUAAAAGAAUGUAACUUACAGUA